AAUAACAUCCAGCAGAGUCACAGUGGCUCUGGGGGAGGAGUUGUAUUUACGACAGUUCUGAUCAUAAGACGGCUCAGGAUGCCGGUGUGUUCACGGACUUCAGCGUGGAUACUCUCUGAGUUCAUCUGCAAGAAGAGGCUGUUCGUCCCCCGUUGUACAAGGACAGUGCAUCGUUCACUUCACGGGAGAGUUUUACAGAAAAACACCCAGCCUGACCCUGUUAUAAGCCGUUUUACUGCACCGAGAUCAGGCCCCGGUACUAUCUCACAACUCGGUUACAGAUUUGACGUCCAAGUGCCCAGGAGAAGCAGCAUGUCGUCCACAGCCAUGUCCCAGAGGAUGGUGUGGGUGGACCUGGAGAUGACGGGCCUGGAUAUAGAGAAGGAUCAGAUCAUUGAGAUGGCCUGUAUCAUCACAGACCCUGACCUGAACCUUAUAGCUGAGGGGCCAAACCUCAUCAUCAAGCAGCCGGACAUACUGCUGGACGGGAUGUCAGAGUGGUGCAAGGAGCAUCAUGGGGAGUCAGGACUAACCCAGGCUGUGCGGGACAGUAAGAUCAGCCUGGAGCAAGCAGAGUAUGAGUUCCUGUCCUUCAUCAGACAGCACACUCCUCCCGGACAGUGUCCCCUGGCUGGAAACUCUGUGCAUGCAGACAAAAAGUUCCUGGACAAGUACAUGCCCCAGUUCAUGUACCACCUUCACUACAGGAUCAUCGAUGUCAGCACCAUCAAGGAGCUAUGCAGACGGUGGUUUCCUGAAGAAUACAAGAUGGCACCUCAGAAGAAAGCAUCUCACAGAGCGCUGGACGACAUCCAGGAGAGCAUCAAAGAGCUGCAAUUCUACCGAACCAACGUGUUCAGAGAGUCCACAGAGGAGAAGAAACGCAAGAUCACAGAGAACGGAAGCAGAAACAACAGCCCGCACACAUGAGAGACUGAGGAGCUCUUUCACCGUCAUUCAGAGUGAUUUUGAUCUUCAUUCACUUUAUUUCUGUUCAAUGCAGCUGACCCAGGAUCUGUUAUUACAUAUUUUCACAUUAAAAUAUAGAGGUUUGUUAGAGAGGGUUAGUAACAGUUAAUUCAAAGAGGAACAUUUGAAUAUUAACUUAAGUAGUCUGCAGUUUUUUGUAAUCAUUCAAAUGUCUUUACUCUGACUUCAUUUUGUUUAGUUUUGACGUGAAACCAAAUAAACUGGUCCAACACA